ACCAGGGCGCGGUUGUGCUGACCAGAUAUUCAUGUUAAGAAGAGUGUUGGAACAUCGCUUCAAAUAUUUGCAACCCACUGUCACGUGUUUCAUCGACUUUACUGCUGCCUUUGAUUCAAUUGAUAGAGCGGCGCUUUGGAGGAUGAUGGAACGUAAUAGUGUUCCAACGAAAAUCAUUAGACUCAUAAAGGCAUUUUAUGAGCACACGUCGGUGCAGAUCUGUAUAUAUGGGGAGUUGACAGAUUCCUUCGAAAUAAGAACAUGUGUCCAUCAGGGCUGCGCUCUUUCCCUCAAUAUUCAACUAUGCGAUAGAUUGGAUAAUGGACACUGUUUGUCGGCAAGAAGUAGUCCAGGGCAUCGUAUCACAGAUCUUGAAUACGCUGAUGCUGUAGUCCUUUUUGUUGACAGUUAUAACGAAAUGCAAGUAAUAGUAAAUAACGUGUCAGAAACUGCAGCAAGAAUCGGGCUCUGGAUCAAUGUAAAUAAAACGAAAGUUUUUUCGUCUUAUGUACAAGAAGCUGAUAAAAUGCCUCUUUUUGUAAAUUCAUUGCCAGUUGAGGAAGUAUCUGAUUUCAAAUACUUUGGGUCCACUCUAAUACCAAAUGGACAGGCAAAAGAUGAUAUUAUAACUCGGAUCACGUGGAUAAAAUCUCAAGAUCCCAUCCACCUUCGUUCAAAUACCACUUGCAUAAGUAAUGUUAUCACAGAGCGCCGCCUUCGCUGGUUAGGGCACAUUCUCCGUCGUCCACCACAGGAGUUUACGCAUAUUUCGUUAUUUGCUAAAUCGUGUGACGGUUGGCGUCAAAAGCGAGGUGGGCCAAUCAAGACCUGGACUGAUACGCUCAAGAAAGAUUUUGAAUGUAUAGGUGGACCAGCAAUAUAUGGACUUAGACGAUGGAAAAAGGAAUGGCUUCCAUUACUAUUGACGAUGGCAUCAGACCGCGCCGCUUGGAAGCGUCUUACUCUUGUAGCCUAA